AUGGCUGAGAAAGCAGAGUCCGCAUCACCACGCCUCAUGGUUCCCAUUCUUCUCCUGGUUGGAUGGAUUGUAGGCUGCAUCAUAGUUAUCUACAUUGUCUUCUUCUAG